UCUGAAAGAAGCGUCUGUCCAUAUCUGACUGAUCUGAAAUUGCUAUAAGUGUGGUUUGCUUGAUUUUUUUUUUUCUUCUCAAAAGUACGACUAUUUCCUGUCUCAUCGAUCAAGCAGUGCUGGAGUCUGCAUGUCAGUGCUCGUAGGAUGUUCUGACAAAGAGGAUAAGAUGAACUGAAAUCGACCUUAUCUGUGGGUUUUUUGUUUGUUAUAUCCCAAAAUCCAUCCAGUGAGAUCUUUCCUUCAACCAUGAUGGAACUUACUAUGAAGAAGUACCUUAUAUUGGCAAUAUCUAUUUUUCUUUCUAUGGAGUCUAACUGUGUGCCGGUCACACAUACCAGCAACUUGACAGAUCUCCACCAUGAGACAACCACGCAGCCUGCACACGAACAUCAUCGUGAAACAGAGACCGCCUUUAUCUCCAAACAUAGUGCCACUAAGACCUCUAAUUCAUCUCGGAAACCUGCAGAAAUAAGUACUACUGCACAAAUGAAGAGUGUUGUGUCACCCACUAUUAAAAGUGAAGAAAUAUCCAACAGAAAAUACUCAACAAGUCAAGAAUCAAGAAGCGACACGGCUGCUACGGUUGUUACAAACCCUGUAGCACCAACUACAACCAGCUCAGAGUCACAACAGAAUCUUGUCUCCAAUCACAGUCCAGUAUUCAGCACUGCUGCAUCCCAUAAUGCAAACAUCUCAGAGAAACAUCUUUUACCACAGCAGCCAGACGUCACUUCUGCUACACCACCUUCUGAAACAACGGUUGUGUCACUGUGGCAGGGCAGGUCCACCACCAAGCCUCAAGUUACACCAAAGUUAUGGUCUGCCAGCCCUACAUCCCAAAACAAUGAGAAACACCACACACCCUCAACCACCAACUCUGAGACAUCACAGAUGAUUCACACCAGCAGUUCUUUACCUGUCAAAAUAACUGACACAUCCACCACCAGAGUAGAUCCACCAUCUACAUCUAAGUCCAUUUCUUCCACAAUGGCACCGAUUUCCCCAUCAAAAUUUCAUGGUACAACUGGAUCAGCAGCUAGCGCCACAUCCGCUACUCCUAUGCUACCUAUUUCUACCAACUCAGAAACCACUGCUUCCACCAGUCUAACCCCAGGAGUCUUGAUCCCUGUCAAUCCCAGAAAGCCUACAACAACUAAAUUAGCCCCAGCAACUAAAACAGUGCCUCAUGACUUAUCAAAGAGUCCGUCAGAAGCGGCGGAGAACCGUUCCUGCUCAACCCAUAGCACAGCAAAGCAGUGCCUCAUUGCCAUCGCCUCGCUGGCUGUGCUGGCUACCAUCUUCAUGGUUUCCACCAUUGUUCUCUGCACAAAGCUGUCAUCCAGGAAGUACCGCUCCAAGAAACAAGAGCAAGGGACUGAGAUGAUGUGUAUUUCCUCUCUGCUGACUGAACGUCAUUACUCCUACUCAAAGCAAUGCAAUCCCGUUAGAAACGGAAUCCUAGUGAUUCCCAGUGGGGGCGACAGUGACGAGGAUGGAGGUGACAACCUCACUCUCAGCAGCUUCCUUCCAGAAAACGACCGUCUUUAGUUGUUGUUGUAUUUACAUAAGAAUGGACCCAUCUGAUUGCUUUCUGUGAUGAGAAAACUUGGUGCCUGAAUAUGCAAAUGUUUCCCUUUUGGGGUUGAUGCCUUGGCCUUGCUGAACACCAAGCAAGAGGCCCAGAAACCACAAACAGACAAAACCCAUGACCAAUGUGACAUCUUGCUCAGGUCAUCAAAUGUGUAUUUAAGUAACAAGUUUUGGAGUACAGCACUCAGAGGCUUUCAGCCAGGAAGAUGAGUGAUCCAGGAAAGUUUUUUUUAUUAAUAUCUUGAGCUGAGGGCUUGUGGUAUUUCACUCAGCAGUCUGGGACAGGAAGGCUUGUUUUCUCAGGGGAUAACUGUUCACUUUUAGGUCUGUUCUUGUUGCUGUGAAGCGUAAUGUGUGAUUGCAGUAAUGUGACUGAGGUUAAAGUUUGACUGCCUUUAGGGGUGUAGCCACGGGGGUGCCACAUUUACACUGCUAAUGAUUCAAAUGCUGUUGAAUUCCUGUAUAUUUAGGGCUAAAAUGUAAAUAGAAAAUGUUUUCAAAGUAAUCCUGUGUGGAUCUCAACAAAAUAUCUCUUACAUUGAUACAUAUCUGAGAUAACAUUGUAAAGUAUUCUAAGUUCCGGGAAAAGUCAUCAUUGUUUUCAAGGGCACUGCCAGGGAUUUUGGGCCCCAUGAAAAGAAAACUUACUGGGCCACCACCAAUAUUAUUUUUUCAGUAUUAUAAUUGUAUCACGGGCCCCUAGAAUCCUUCUCUUAUUCUCCCCUUUUCUGCACCCCUGCUUGUAUUAACCACUUGUAUUCAGUGAUGGUUGUCUGUCACCACAAAAAAGGGUAAUAUUAUACACUGGCACUGUAAAGACGUUCAUCUGGUUUGCUGUUGUGAUCCAUUUUUCACUUGUCCAUUUUAAGGAAUUCAUAACAAGGUUUUGCCAUUUUUUUGCUGACCCAGUGGGAUAUGACAGUGCUGGCAACCUAGUGGGAUCAUUACACAAGACUACUGUUGGAAAGUAAAAAUAUUUACUGGGCACACCAACCUUUGUAUUAGUUAAUUUCAAAAUAAAGGCCUCAAUCUAUUUUUGACAUUUAAACAGUUGGUCGGAUGAAGUGGUCACACACUUUAACCUAUAUGAGCAACAUUUAGCUCCUCCCAACUAGAUGCUGCAGCCUCUACAAACAAAUAUAUUUGUAAAUAUGUUGUGUAAGAAAAUAAUAGCACAUGCACAUGUAAUAUAGUUCCGUUGUUUUUAAUAUAGGAUUUGUAACAAAAUUACAGUAACAUUACAACAGUACUGGGAGAUGGUAUAUUUGC